AUGACAAAUCUUCAAACUCUUAAUCGUGUGGCAGAUGACACUUGGACUAAAACAAAUCAUGAAUCAUUGGUUAAUCUUCGAGAGCUACACCUAUUUCUGUACCGUGAAAGCGAGAGGAUGUUUACUUUCGUUUCUAUUGCUAAACUGAAAAGCAUUCAAAUUUUAUCAGUUGAUUUAUCAGAUAAUAAUUUUUUUCCUGCAUUGCAGCCGCUCUCUCACUGCCCACAUCUCCGAGACUUAAGCUUAAGUGGGAAGAUAAAGAACCUACCAGAAGAUAUGCAUGUACUUUUGCCGAAUGUUGAAAGCCUAUCAUUACGCAAGUCCAAACUCGUAGAUGAUCCGAUGCCAGUAUUGGGGAAGAUGUUGAACCUGACAAUACUUGAGCUAAGAUAUGAUUGUCUUCGUGGAAAGAAGAUGAUGUGCAGGGCAAAUACUUUUCCUCGGGUUGAAACAUUAGAUAUUGAAACACAUUAUUUGGAGGAGUGGCAAGUAGAGGAAGGAGCUCGACCUGUGCUUACAGGUUUGGAGUUGAUAAAUUACAGCCAACAAUUCCAACUUCCAGAAAGAUUGAAAUCAGUUGCACGCCUACAUUGA